AAUUAUUCAUCAUAUCAAAUAUGUUUAUGCUCAUUUCAUAUAAUAAAUAUUUUAAUGGAAUAUUUUAUUAAAUAUAAAUUUAAAAUUGAAUGUAUCAUUCAUGAUAUUACUGAUUAUAAACAACAUAUUUAUUCUAUUGAUAGUGAAUUACAUGAAAGACUUCAUAUAGUAUGGUUGGGAUAUUUUUAUGAAUUAUAUGUACAACCAGAUUCAUUAUAUGGAAUAAUGUGGAUAUUUAGUCCAUUGAAUGAUAAUUCACAAAUUAUAAAAACUAAUCUUAUAUGGUCAAAGAAAAUUCCAGCAAAAUUUCGAUUUUAUUGUUCUUAUUGCAAUCAUAUAUGGACAUCGAAAAAAGGAUAUAUUAAUAUAUUUAUCGGUCAUCGUCCAUUAAACAGAAUAAUUGAGCAAUCUGGUUAUAUAAUUAAUAUUUAUGAAUUUCUAUUCUCUUUAGAUCAACAGAAAUGUACUCAAUGUAAUUCGAAUAAAUUAAUUUCAGGAUCAACAUAUCCACAUGAAGUGAUAAAAGUUUUAACAUACAUUAGAAAUUAUAUUACUAUUAAACCGAUAUAUUUCAAUACAACUCAAUAUGGAUUCCAAAUUGAAUUUUUUAAAAAUUCAUUUACUUUUAAUCAACUAAAGUCCAAAAACAAAGAAACCAAUAAUUCUCAGAUCGUAUCCAAUACUAACGGUGAGACAUUCAAAGAAAUCUGCCCAACAAAAAACGAUCAAUUCUUUGAUUCUUCGAAAAAGUCCAGCGAAAUUUCAAAGUUCAUUAAACAUUCAAAAAAUUACCCAUUCAAUGAAGCAAGUAUCAAAUGUAAUCAUCAUACUUUAUCUAUUACUGAAGGAAAAUCAUCAGUACAAUUACUAAAAGACAACAAUCAAGAAGUUAUUAUGAAAAAUAAUAAAUUAAAUAACAUCAAUAAGAAUGAUACAGAUCUUUAUUUGAACAAGGAACCGGUCAGUUUGAAAUGCAUUCCUAAACCUACUGAACUUGAAUCUACAACAGUUGAUGAUUGAAAACAAACUGAAAAUCAGAUCAAACAUGGAAUCAAAAUUAUUUCAAAGUGUAAUAAUUAGACAUAAAGAAGAAUUGAGAAACUUUUAGUCAAACGUCCUCAUUUCCUUAGUCAAUGUCUAUGUAGAUAAUAGUGUUAUAUCCUAGUAAAGAUUACAUUACGAGUAACCUCUGAGACCUAUUAAUUGACGAAUAUUAUCUAUACAUUCUUAUGGUAUAACUAUUCAAUAAUUAGAUUAUAUAUAUUUAUAUUCCCCUUGUUAUAAGCUUUAUUUUGACCUAUAAUUUAUUAUUGUAAGAUU